ACCCAUGUAAAAUAUGUGGAUCUGGGUGGAGCUUAUGUGGGUCCAACUCAAAACCGAAUCUUACGCCUGUCAAAGGAAUUGGGCCUGGAGACUUACAAAGUGAACGAAGUGGAACGUCUUAUAUAUUACAGAAAGGGAAAAUCUUAUCCUUUCAAGGCUCCUCUUCCAUCUAUGUGGAAUCCAUUUGUGUACCUGGAUUACAACAACUUGUGGAGAACGCUGGAUGACAUGGGAAAGGAGAUACCUGCCGAUGCACCAUGGACUGCGCCCCAUGCUGAAGAAUGGGAUAAAAUAACAAUGAAAGAACUGAUUGACAGACUUUGCUGGACUACGGUUGCCAGGCGUUUUGCCACUCUCUUUGUGAAUAUAAAUGUCACCUCUGAACCACAUGAAGUCUCUGCUCUCUGGUUCCUGUGGUACGUCAAGCAGUGUGGUGGAACAACACGGAUUUUUUCAACAACCAAUGGUGGACAGGAACGAAAGUUUGUUGGUGGUUCUGGUCAGAUCUGUGAACGAUUGAUGAGCCAUCUUGGAGAUUGUGUAAAACUGAAAAGCCCUGUAAUCCGAAUUGAUCAAACGCAAGAUAUAGUCAUUGUGGAGACUUUGGAUCAUGAGACAUUUAAGGCUAAAUAUAUUAUCAGUGCAAUUCCACCACCUCUCACUGCGAAGAUUCACUAUCAACCACCCCUGCCAAAUCUACGUAACCAGUUCAUCCAACGUGUUCCCAUGGGCUGUGUGAUCAAGUGUAUGGUGUACUACAGAGAAAACUUCUGGAGGAAGAAAGAUUAUUGUGGUAGCAUGAUCAUUCAAGAUGAAGAGUCUCCGAUUGAACUGACUCUGGAUGAUUGCAAACCAGAUGGAUCUUACCCUGCUAUCAUGGGAUUUAUCCUUGCUCGAAAAGCACGGCGUCUGGUAAAUCUCACAAAGGAAGCUAGGAAGCAAAAGAUCUGUGAAAUUUAUGCCAAGGUGCUUGACUCUGAGGAGGCAUUGCAUCCCAUUCAUUAUGAGGAAAAGAACUGGUGUGAAGAGCAAUAUUCAGGUGGAUGUUACACUGUGUACUUCCCUCCGGGAAUUAUGACUCAAUAUGGCAAAAUCCUGAGGCAGCCAUUCCAGAGGAUCUAUUUCGCUGGCACUGAGACAGCCACCCAGUGGAGCGGAUACAUGGAGGGUGCUGUUCAGGCUGGGGAGAGAGCAGCCAGAGAGAUCCUGCAUGAAAUGGGAAAGAUUUCAAAAAGUGAGAUCUGGCAACCUGAGCCACCAUCUUUGGACGUUCCUGCAUUUCCAAUCAAAACAACGUUCUGGGAGAGAAACAUGCCUUCAAUUCCAGGAUGCUUAAAGUUUUUCGGAUGGUCAACAUUCCUCACUUCUGCAGCUGCUAUGGGGCUCUUUGCGUAUCAAAAGGGACUACUCAGAAAGAACUGAGGAGGUACUUCAGAGCCAGACUCAUCACCUCUUCCUUAUUGCACAGUUUUGCAGUCAACAUCUGCCCACUGUGCUAAUCUUCUUAAAAAAUAUUUCUGCUUGCUGAUUCAUACAAUAAUUUAGUUUCCCAUGAGGUAAACUACAAAUGAAAUGUCAUUGCCCAUAUCCUUAUUUCUUUGUAAGUUCUGUGGAUCCUUCUCCAACCUUGAACCAUAAUAAGUCAUAAUUGAACUUGCAGUUGCUUAUAGGAAUCCAUGUUUUUGCAUGUAUCAGUUAUCUUUUGAUGCAAGUUAUGUUAAUUUUUCAUGAUCAUACACAUUAUGUUGACAACAGCUAUUCCUUGGAGAUUGCAUUCUUAGUCACUGUGUAUUCAUUAGAACAUUUCUGCCUAUAAUUCUGUUUGCAGCAGCUGAAUCUUAUUACAGAGAUUAUAGCAUAUAUAUAAAACUAAGUGUUACUAAAACACCAAAUAUCCUCAGUGUUAUCAAUCUUAAUGAAGCCUUUUUAAGGUCCUAAAUUGCAUUUAAUGCCUCCGAGAUGCAUAUAAAAAAGAUCAUCUUGCCGUGAUGGAAGUUUCAAAAAAAUUACAGAGAGACAAGUUUUGUACAGACAUACUGGCUAGUAUUGUACAUGGUGCUGCAUCUCCAGGAACUCUCCAAACCUUUUGUGAAAAUCAGAUUAACUCAUCCAGUAGAUUUUAGGGAGCUAAGAUACCCUGCUUGUACACCAUAGGUGGCUGUUUCAUGAGAAAUUCAUUUUGAAAGCCUACAGUUUAUGUUUGAAGCACAGAUUCACAUUAAGAUUGAUUUAAAAUAACACAACGGCAACCAUUAUCCAUCAAAUAUAUGGUUCUGAUUUUAUUCAAUUUUAACAUUCAGCACUGUGAUACUUUGUUCAUAAUAUUUUUAAUCAUGAGUUUCAACAGUUAUUAAAAAUCAUUCUCAAAAGAAACUGAUAAAAUCUUCAAGCCAAUGUUGCAUAACAAUGAGUUACUGUUUUUUAAAAAAAUGCAAUUUAAAAAGUCACACUACAGUGCGAUUAAUCCAAAGUGUUAAGAAUAUUUGUAAACAAUAGUGUAAGUUCAGUGUAAUUGUGCUAAAACAGGUAUGGAGAUACAGUGAUGGAUAGUGCAAUUUGGGUAUCAGUGUCUAUGGUAAAAUCGGUGUAUUGGAACAUUUUACAGUAAUGCUGAUUCUGUCUCUCCAAAGACAUUGUGAGUUUUGUCUUUGUGCCUUAUCCCUUUGUAGUGUUAUAUUUUCUCAAGUGCCUAUGUGACUGUGUCUUUUCAGUGUGCACACUUUCAAGCUGUAACAUUUGGAAGUUUUAUAUGGUCAAUUAUAACAUUUUAUUUCUACACUGAUCCAUGGACAAUGUAAACCUGGUGACAUCUGUAAUGUGACGAUAGAUAAGUAAAUCAGUGUUUUGUUUGAAUUGUGUGCAAAGCUCAUGCUUGAUAUAACUAAAAGCAAAAUUCUGCAAAUGUUGGAAAUCAGAAAUAAACACAGAAAAUACUUGAAAAAUUCAGUAAGUCUGGCAGCAUCUGUGAAAACAAAAGAGUUAGCAUUUUGAGUCUGAUAUGACUUCUUCAGAACUCAAGGAAGUUCUGAACAAGAGUUACAUCAGACUUAAAGCAUAACUGUUUCUAUCUCCACAGAUGUUGCCAGACCUACUGAGUUUCUCCAGCAUUUUCUGUGGUUGCUUGACAUAACUAAUUAUUUAAUUUUGCAUAAGACCAGUGAUCAGCAUGACAAGACAUGGGUCAUUUCUUGAUGCUGUAAAAAAUGUUAACAACUAACACAGAUAAUUUUGAGAAAUGACAAGUAACUUGUGUAAGACAGUUUAACAAUAGAUGACGGCAUAUGCUUAAUAAAUGAAAUAUUUGCUGUAAAAUCUUUAUGAACAAAUCUUGUGAAAUCGAGUGUUUUAAAUCGACUUUGUGCUAAUACAGUAUCAGACAAAUAUUGUUGAUUACUGAUCUGGUAAUAAAAACUAUGUGAAAAUA